GGGAGGAAUUGUAAUCAAAUUUCAGGAAAUCGAAGAGAACUCGUGACUAAAUCAUCUUUUGAAAUGGAUGCAGACGGAUUACCCCUUGUGGGGCCUGGUAUUGAUUAUACAAAAGUUGGUGCAAUACAUCCUAAGAGAACACUGGCAUUUCUCAACCAUUUCAUCACACACACAGUUCGGUUCUUGAAUAGAUUCUCAUGUGUCUGUGAAGACAAAUUAUCUGCCCUGAGCCUUCGUAUACAACGCCUCGAAACAACAAUGAAUGUUCUUGAAGCAAAGCUGUCUUCCAUUCCUGGUCUAGAAAAUGUCACUGCCCCCUCAUCAUCCUCGACAGGUUCACAGCCUAGUCAACCAGCUGCUUCAGAACCAUCAGCAAGUGCUCAACCCUCUGGUCCUGCAGCGAGUCAACCAGCUCCUGCUGCAGCAGCUUCAGAGGUAGCUGUGCCUGAGCCAGAACCAGCCAUACCAGAAAAUACCGUUUCAAAAGAUCCUCGAUAUAUGAAAUACUUCAAAAUGGUUAACAUGGGUGUUCCAGAACAGGCAGUCAAAAAUAAAAUGCGAUCAGAAGGUGCUGAUCCAAACUUCUUAAACACUCCAAAUGCUCCUGCUCCGUCACCUGCUGCAGCCAAUGACGAUGAUGAUGAUGAUGAACCAGACUUUAGUGAUAGUGACCAUGAUAAUGACUCUGCGCAUAGUUUCUCUGACUGAUCAACCAACAUGCCGAUUAAACUUGCCUGCUCCUGCUUCAUUGAUCAUUAGUGCUGUUUACGGCAUGGUGCUAAGUUACCAUUUUGUGAGAAACUGGUCUGAGUGUGUUGAAGUAGCCCCUUUCAUUGAGACUUGAACUCUUUGCAGGAAAAGCUACACAGGCAGUAGCGACUUACAACCAAGAAAGUUACCUAAAAACAUUGUGAGCUUAUGACAGAAAAACUGUUCGGUCUUGUUGGUAAUUCUCAUUCCAUGCUUUUUAUCAGAAUUACUUUGAGAAGAUCACCCUCCUGUAAAUAAUAAAAAAUGUAAUUAUGUGUAUAGAAAUUGUAAUAUAAAGUAUCUUGAA